AACGGCACGCUGUGGCUGGGCGCGUUCUCGGCGGCGCAGUACCGCAGCGACGUGCACGCGGCCGUGCUCCGCUGCCGCGCCGCGGGCACCGUGGGCACCGUGCUGUCGCGCGACAUGAGGCUCGAAGCAGUGAUGGACGUGCCGUGGGACGUGCGCGUGCAGCCAACGCACGGGGUGUCCGGAGGGGCCGCGCUGAUGAGCUGCGCGGCGACAGCCUCCGUGCGGGCACACGUCACCGUCACGCGCUGGUUCAAGGACGGGGCUGUGCUGGCUCCCAUGCUGGCUGAUGCUGGUGGCCACUACAUGAUAGGAGGCAGCCGCGGAGACAUCCUGGUGAUCAGGGAGGCGCGGCCUGAUGAUGCCAGCUCCUACUCCUGUGAGGCUCAGCACGCCCUCACCGGGGAGAAGAGGCGGAGUCCAUCAGCCAUGAUUGCUGUUUCACAUCAAACGGGCAGUAUGGCGCCCAGGAUAUUGACGAUAUCAGAAGACGAGACGGUGCCUCAAGGAGGAGACAUCAGGCUAGUCUGCUGCGCUAUCGGGAGUCCGCCACCGGCUUACAGUUGGUUUCGCCACGCCAACGGGCGCCUCAGCCCAGUGUCCAACAGCAUCCGGAUCUCGGUGUCGGACCAGGUGCUGAUCAUCCGGAGAGCGCAGAUAUCCGACAGCGGCGUGUGGACGUGCCGCGCUCACAACCAGUACGGAGAGCAGAGGAGAGACGCCAGGCUCAGGGUGCGCUCCAGACUGGUGGUCAGCGUGCACCCACAGUUACAGGUGGCCAACUCAGGCAGCUCGGUUCAGUUCAACUGCUCGGUGGAGGGCGGCGACGCGCGCGUGCGCUGGCUGCACGACGGCGUGCCCGUGGGCGGCGGCGAGCGCGUGCUGCGCGUGCACGGCGUGGUGCGCGCGCACCGCGGCAUGUACCAGUGCUUCGCCGAGCGGGACCUGGACAGCGCGCAGGCUGCGGCGGAACUCCGACUGGGAGACACUGCUCCUGAGCUCCACUACACCUUCAUCGAGCAAGCCUUACAUCCAGGUCCAGCUCUCGCGCUGCACUGCUCGGCCUCAGGGUCUCCACCACCACGCUUCACCUGGCUUCUGGAUAUGCAGCCGGUGGAGGAACAUAAUACUGCACAAAGGAGCAUAUCCCAGUUCAUGAGCCCCAACGGCGACGUGGUGAGCUACCUCAACAUCACCUCCGUGCGACCUGAAGACGGCGGGCGGUACACGUGCCGUGCGCACAACACGCGCGGCGCCGUCGAACACUCUACACGACUUAAUGUUUAUGGUCCACCGUCCAUCAGGAACAUCGGGGCGGUGCGCGUGGUGGCCGGCGUCAACAGGACCAUCUACUGCCCCUACUCCGGAUUUCCAAUCAGUGACAUCCGCUGGCAGCGCGGCGGUAUCGACGUGGGGUCAACAGGCAGGGCGCUGUCAGGCAGUGGUGGGGAGCUGCUGCUGUGGCCGGCCGAGCCUGCUGAUGCUGGGCUGUACUCCUGCAGGGUGUCUGCGCCUUCGGGCCAGUACGCGCAGAAGGACGUGCAGAUUUUUGUUAGAAAUCCACCAAAGAUAGCUGGUUUCUCAUUCCCCGCUGACCUGGUGGAAGGAAGUUCAAUACAGGUGCUCUGCGGCAUCACGUCCGGUGAUAAGCCAGUCUACUUCUCUUGGCUCAAAGAUGGUCAGCAUGUACCUCCAAACUUACAGGUUCAAGAGAAAUCAUUAGAUGAAUUCAGCUUCCUGAUCUUCUCGCACGUGACGUCGAAACACAGUGGAGAGUACACAUGUGUGGCCAGCAACAGUGCUGCUGAAGUCAACCACACUGCCAGACUUGCUGUAAAAGUGGCUCCUUCUUGGAUUUAUGAACCUCAAGACGUGUCAGCGUUGCUCGGUACUCAAAUCAUUGCGCAUUGUGCCACUAAGGGAUAUCCGGAGCCGAGGAUAACAUGGUUGAAAGCACAAGGUUCAAGUUCCACGGAUUUUCGUCCCCUCAAUCGACUGGAGUUACCCAUGACAAUCCUGGGCAACGGCUCGCUCAGCGCCGCCGCGGCGACUCACGUCCACGAGGGGAAGUACAUGUGCCGCGCUGACAAUGGCGUGGGCAGAGGACUGUCCAAGGUCAUCACCGUUUCUGUCAAUGAGCCAGCUCACUUCGAGUUCUCGUCGCGGAACAUGUCAGUGCGUCGCACGGCCAGCGUGGCGCUGCAGUGCUCCGCGCGCGGCGAUGCUCCCAUCCAGCUGCACUGGACGCAUAACAUGCAACGACUUGAUCUGUCUACGUACAGGGUAUCAGUAUCAGAGAAGCGCUCCGACAGCGGCGCCACCUCCACGCUGACGAUUGCGCACGCGCAGCGCCGCGACUCGGGCGUGUACCGCUGUCGCGCCGAGAACGCGUACGGGAGAGACGAACUGCUCAUCUACUUGGCAGUGCAAGAGUUCCCCGAAGCUCCGCGUGGGCUGGCGGUGGUGCGCCGCGAGGGCCGCGCGGCGCGCCUGUCGUGGCGGCGCGGCUACGACGGCAACGCUCGUCUGCGCGCGUACCGGUUGCAGUACCGCGUGGUGGGCGACACCCGCAGAGCCGCCGAUUGGACCGAUGCACCCACCAGAGACCUAUCUCCUGAUCUGAUCACACAGAGACAAGAUUCUCCAGAUCCGGACUCAGAAGUGAUUCUGGAGUACCGAGUGGACGGUCUUCGUCCGGCGACCGCCUACGCGUUGCGGUUAGCCGCCGUCAACGACAUCGGAGACAGCGAGUACUCCGAGUCAGUCAUUGUUCAGACUUUAGAAGAGGCGCCAUCGGAGGCACCACGUAACGUCGAGGUUCAAGCAGAUGCACCAGGGGAACUACUUGUUAAGUGGCAGCCUCCCUCGCAGGAGUCGUGGAACGGCGAGCUGCUGGGCUACGCGCUGUGGUGUCGUGGCGACAACACGUCGCUCGCGCUCACGGUGGCGGGCUGGGCGGCAGCGAGCGCGCGCGUGGCCGGCCUGCGCGCGCACGCACGGUACGAGCUGCGCCUGCGCGCCUACAACGCCGUCGGCGGCGGGCCCUCCUGCGCACCGCUCGCUGCCACUACGCUCGAAGACGUGCCCGAAGCAGCGCCACAGCAUAUCCGCUGCGAGCCGCUCUCAGCUCAGUCGUUCAGAGUGUGGUGGGAACCGCCGCCUUUGGCCUCUCGUGGUGGACUCCUGCUCGGAUAUGAGAUCAUGUACCAGGAAGUAGGCACGCUGGACGCGAUAUGGGAGCGGCGGCGCGCGGGCGGUGGCGAGGCGCAGCUGGGCGCGCUGCGCGCCGGCAACUACAGCGUGCGCGUCGCCGCGCGCAACGCCGCGGGGCUCGGCCCGCCCGCUGACGCCUACUGCUCCACACUCGACGAUGUUCCUGGACCACCUGCGGAUAUUAAGGUAGUUCCAAAUUCUGAGGACUCUGUGAUCGUGAGUUGGCUCGCGCCCACGCAGAAGAAUGGCAAGAUCAGACAUUACACAGUUUACAAUAGACCACAAAGGACAGGCCAGCAUGCACACGUGCUAGUACCCCACAGCGCGGAAGAGCAGAUGCUGGAGCUACGCGGCCUGAACGAGCAGACGCUGUACGAGUUCUGGGUGACGGCAGCCACCGCUGCUGGGGAGGGAGAGAUGAGUGCCAUCGUCACUAAGAAGCCCAGCGCUAGAGCUGGAGCAAAACUGUGGUCAUUCCCGAGAAGGAUAGUGGCGGCAGAAGGCACUCGUGUGGUGCUGACGUGUGGCAGCGCGGGUUCCGCGACGCCGGUGCGAGUGUGGAGUCGACGCCGCCCGCCCACUCCUGCCACUGAUCCCAGGAUACGGCUUGAAGGAUACCGUCUCAUUAUACCGAAACUGGAAGCAUCACUGGCAGACAACUACACAUGCGCAGUGCGCAACAUGUGGGGCGAGGAGCGCGGCACGUGGGAGCUGCGCGCGGCCACGCCGCCUGCCCGUCCCCGGCUGAGGCUCACCAGCGCCGCACCGGCUGCGCUCAUCCUCGCCUGGGAUGCCAGUGACUCACACAGUUUUACAUUGGAAUACGCGCGCGGCGACGGACCGUGGCAGGCCGCGUGGGUGGCGGGCGCGGCUCGCUCGCACGCGCUGCGGCGCCUGGCGUGCGGCGCGCCCUACCGGCUGCAGCUGACGGCGCACAACGCCGCGGGCUCGUCCGCGCCCAGCGAGAUACUCUCUGCGUCCACUACUGGAGGAGUGUCCAAACCAGCCUUAGAAAAGCAUCUUAUAACAAGCAACAGCAGCUGCGUAAGACUAAACUUCCUGACAUGGGACAGCAACAGUUGCCCUCUCAUUCACUUUCUGGUCUCCAUCCGAGCAUUCGAGGAGAGCACCUGGAGAUCAGAAACAGUGGCUCUGGAAGCUGUACCAACGGCGUUGUGUAGCCUGCACUCAGCUACGUGGUACCAUUUGAAGGUGGUGGCUUUUAGUACUGCUGGGACGGCUACUGCUACUUACUACUUCUCUACAUUGACUGAUGACGGAGAACGCAUACCACCACCUGCCAAGUUUCCUGCAGGGGGUGAAGAGGGCCCGGUCGCGGGGGGUGGGGUGAUGCUGCUGGGUGCUGCCGCGGGACUGUUGGUCGCUUUGCUGUUACUAGCUGUUUUCGUAUACAGAAGAAGUACAACGGCUUCGUGUUUUCGAAAAGGUUAUGAGCAAAGUGGAGUAUCGGAAGAAGAUAAGUCUGUUGAGAAACGCGACAACAGAAGAAAUUGCCAGCAAGUGUACACGUCUUCUCCUAUCAAGAACCUUAACACGAAGAAAGAACAGCAGGAAAUGUACGAGAUCAGCCCGUACGCGACGUUCAGCAUGUCAGGCGGCGCGGGCGGUGGUGGGGGCGGCGCGGCCACGGGCCCCGAGGCGGGCGGCGGCACGCUGCGCACGUUCGGGCGCGCCGAGCCCGCACCGCUCAGCGCUGCGCCGCCACGCGCUGCGCACGCGCACCGCUCGCCUGCACACACUGACGAGUACACACUAUCGCGUGCGAUGACGCUGAUGGUGCGGCGGACGGAGUCGGACUCCGACUCGAGCGGCUCCCCGUGUGCGGAGUGUAACUCCAGCGUAGCAUACAGGAUGCCACUGGCUCCUGCUAAAGCGGAGGAAGUGUUCCGCGCGGUGACAGAUUCCAGCGCGGAGUCGUGCGCGGGCUCCGGCCCGAGGGACAAGGCGCGGCGACGACCGAGGCGGCACCACGCGCCUAAUGCCUCGAGGUAUCAACAGCAACGCCAGGAGCAGGAGCGGAGAGAUUUUACAAUACAUGUAUAAUUACGUUGACAAUAAAGACUGCUGCAAGCAACAUAGAAGAAUACUAUUAUUAUUACAAAUUGUUAACUAGGGAAUAGUUAGGGUCUAGAAUAACUUUGUUCUUAAGGCGCCCUAGUACAUCUUUUCAAAUUAAUAAUUAGCUAACGUGACUUGAUCUGUCAUAAUAUAAUAUGUGUCAUAAUAUGAUGCGUACAAAAUGAGUUCUCAU